CUAAGUCCCGCCCCAGAGAAGGCCAGUCGGAGUUGGAUCGGAGACUGUCUUCGACCAGCCGUUACCAGACGCAUCUGGACUGGAGCCGCAGCACAGCAGCUAACCCCGUCCUUUCCAUUUAAUUAAUACGGACACUUUUUCAGAAUUUAGUAUUUAUUUAAUUUUUCAACCUGUCGUUCAGGAGGACUCUGGAUAGUUGCCUCCCUUCCCCUCACCCUUUCUACCGUGUAAAAGGAACUGAGCCAUGCACCCUCCCUUGUCGCUCCUCUCCCUCCUCCUCCACCUCUCCCUGUACCCCAGUGCAUGCUGGUCCUCCAGGAUCAUCGUAGUCCCUCCCAUCAUGUUUGAGUCCCAUCUCUACAUCUUCAAGACCCUGGCCACAGAACUCCACCUCCAGGGACAUGAUACUUCCUUCCUGCUGUCAGAGGGGCGCCAGGUGCCCCCCUCCCCCCACUACACCUUCCAGCGUUACCCAGGCAUCUUCAACUCCUCCACAGCCGACAGUUUCCUCCAGUCCAAGGUCAGCAACAUCUUCUCUGGUCGUCUCACGGCGUUGGAACUCUUCGACAUCCUCGACCACUACGCCCAGAACUGCGACGCCGUUGUGGGAAACAAAGAGGUCAUGACCCAACUCAAGGAUGCCAAAUUUGACCUUUUAUUGGUCGACCCCAACGAGAUGUGUGGGUUCGUGAUCGCUCACAUCCUCGGGGUUCCCUACGCUGUCUUUUCCACAGGCCUAUGGUACCCAGCGGAAGUCGGGGCUCCUGCCCCUCUAUCGUACGUCCCAGAGUUCAACUCUCUCCUCACCGAUCAGAUGUCUCUAGUCCAGAGGAUUACCAACACGGCGGUGUACCUGGUGUCCCGGUUCGGUGUUCAGUACCUGGUGUUACCUAAGUACGAGCGCAUCAUGAGGAAGCACGGUGUGGAGCCGCGGGUGGCCAUGCAGGAUCUGGUUCAGGGGAGCAGGCUGUGGAUGUUGUCUACUGAUCUGGCCCUGGAGUUCCCGAGGCCCACUCUACCACAUGUUGUCUAUGUAGGGGGGAUACUGACCAAACCUGCCAGCCCGUUACCUCAGGUUCCUGCUCUUUGGACCAAAAUGCAGAUGACCUCAGGCUUUGGAAAUUUCAGGAUGAGAUGGUGAAGGCUUUGUGUUCCAUAAAGUGUCCAAUGUUGUUAGUCGUAUGGUUUGGCCUCAGAC